GCUAAUUUUUAUGAUUGUGUUGUAUAUAUUCUGAUUACUGAGUUAAAUGUAUAGAUUCUGAGAUAUUGGAUCCUGAAUUAAUUUUAUGGAUAUUAGAAUCUCAGACUUUUUUCCCAGAUUUUUGUUGUUUCAAGAUUUUGAAUUAGAGUCUUGAAAAUAAACCCGGUCAAUAUUUUGGUUCGGUCGUUUAGAUCAAAGCAAACCAAGCUUCACUUUGGCGCAGAUAGGCCCUGUUUUUACUUUUUAUUCAACGCAAAGAUGAUGGUAACUUGGUUUGUGUGGACAGCCACCGGGGUUGGGCAUCUGGCGAUUUACACAUACCUCUCACAGUCCAAAACCUCAGAAUUCAUCAAGUAGAUCGAUCUGCAUUGUCACCCUCCAAAUCAUGGCUUUAGGUUUUGCCAUCGGAGUCUUCGGUGUUCUCAUUCUUUUUCACGCCGCUUAUUCAACCAUCCAAUAUAGGGGUUUGCUCAAGAUCACCGAAGAAGAGUUUUCAGGGCCUCCCUUCAAUGUGGUGACUGAGCUAUCUCUGGGGCUAGUUCUUUGUAUGUGGGCUGCGUUAACUGUGCCGGGGAAGUUUCUGUCCAUACACCCAGAUUCUGAGGAGAAUAGGAUUGUUUCUUUGCCUGCUAACCUUGACUUCAUGAUCUUCAACCACCGAGGCAAGGUCUUCCCUGUGGAAAUGGAUUUGAAGCUGAAACAAUGAUGACUUUAGGAUAUCCCUCUUUUGAGGAUUAAAGAUAUUUUCCCCGGAACAUUUUAGAAUUUUGGAUUUGAAUUUGAUAAUUUCAUUGGUUUAUCUAGGUCUCUUUGCACCUUCCUUUUGUAGCUUAUAUAUACUUCAGAUUCCUGUACUGGCUGCUUAGCACUUACUGAUAAUGUUGACAUCAUAUUAUCACUUAAAUCAUUAUGAAGAAAUAGCUUGCACUUUAA